GCUAUAAGAGCCCAGCUGACCAGGUAGUCUGUGUCCAUCCCUGAAUAGGCCCUGCAAAACGGACUUAUGAGAAAUUGGUGAGCUUUAUUAGAGCCGUACGUUUUUGGUUGUACGUAACAGACUUUUGAGAUGUAGGUAGGGACGGUCCCUGAGGUUGUUUUCCGACUGGUUGCACAGCGGAUCUGGAGUAAGGACUGGUAACUUUUUCAAUGAUGACUUUUGCCAUGCUGCGGCCUGUGGCGACGCACAUGAUCUACUCGGACUUCACUGUCACCUCCGAGGACGAUGAGAACCGCAGCGAGAGCGAUGGCAGUUCGGAGCAAAGUUACUGUAGCUCCACCGACAAACGAAGACGGAUUUCCAGCAAACUGGAAGGAGACUCCGCGGUGGUCGUGAAACAGAGGAGCGCGGCUAACGCCAGGGAGAGAGGCAGGACGCAGAGUGUCAACACCGCUUUCACGGCUCUCCGGACUCUCAUACCCACAGAGCCCGUGGACAGAAAGCUCUCCAAGAUUGAAACUCUUCGACUGGCAUCCAGCUACAUUUCUCAUCUGGCCAACGUGCUUCUGAUUGGAGACGGUGGCGCAGAUGGGCAGCCGUGCCUCGGCGGGGUCCAUGCGCAAGGAGAGUUUGGGGAAAAGCAGCCGCGGACCAUCUGCACCUUCUGUUUGAGCAACCAGAGAAAAGGGAUCAAAGAUGGAAAAGACUGUUUGAAAAUGCGAGGGCUUGGUCCGCUGCGAAUGACGCGCUGACUGAAGACCAGUGAAUGACUGACAGCCUGAAAACCCUCAAAGACUUUCUCAGGGAAGAGUCGAAGCUGGUUUUGGAGAGCGUGCUCAUCUACAUGUACACAUGCUGGAUCAAAUAAUGGAACCAAAGAAAGGAAUAUUUAUACUUGACUGGAAAUUUACGCAUAAGCCUUUCAAAGAUGCAGUGCAUUUUUUAAAAAAAUGAAAAAAGU